GCGGAGCCAGCGCGGGAUCCGGGUGUCAGUGCUGGCGGCGGCGGUGGCUGCGGGGCGGGGGUCGCGGCCGGGUGCGGGCUGCAGCGACUUCGUGGGCGGAUCCUAGUGUGCGAGGCGUGACCCGAGGAUUCCAUUCGUUCCCAUUAGGAUUUCAGGCCUCCCCUCCAAGCAGAUUCCACCAAGAUGGCCUCCGCUAGUGAGCCUCCUGCCAGCCCAAGGGAUGCAGCCGACCAGAACUUUGACUACAUGUUCAAAUUGCUCUUGAUCGGGAAUAGCAGUGUGGGCAAGACCUCCUUCCUGUUCCGCUAUGCGGACGACUCCUUCACCCCCGCCUUCGUGAGCACCGUGGGCAUCGACUUCAAGGUCAAGACAGUCUACCGGCACGACAAGAGGAUCAAGCUGCAGAUCUGGGACACAGCAGGCCAGGAGCGCUACCGGACCAUCACCACGGCCUACUACCGUGGAGCCAUGGGCUUCCUGCUCAUGUAUGACAUUGCCAACCAAGAGUCCUUCACCGCUGUGCAGGACUGGGCUACACAGAUCAAGACCUACUCCUGGGAUAAUGCCCAGGUGAUCCUUGUGGGGAACAAGUGUGACCUGGAGGAUGAACGGGUCGUACCUGCCGAGGAUGGCCGAAGGCUUGCUGAUGAUCUUGGUUUUGAGUUCUUUGAGGCCAGCGCCAAGGAGAAUGUCAAUGUGAAGCAGGUGUUUGAGCGUCUUGUGGACAUCAUCUGUGAGAAGAUGAAUGAGUCCCUGGAACCAAGCUCUAGCCCAGGCAGCAACGGAAAAGGCCCGGCCCUCGGGGAUGCCCCGCCCCCCCAGCCUAGCAGCUGUGGCUGUUAAGGGUGACCCCUGACCUCCCCACAUCUGUCCCCUCCUGCCUCUUCAAGGACUGCAGCCAAACUGUGAGCCACAGGGGCCAUCUCCAAGCUCAGGACACCUCUUUCCUCCCUCCAACUUCCCCUCUUCUCUCCAUGUUGAUAUACUCAGACAGUCCUGGUUAGAGCCCACACCCCAGGCUCCGCUCAGCAUUGUCUCAGGGCGUGGGACACCCAUGCAGCUGCUUACUGCAUCACAAGGCAUUUUGAUGGGGAUGGCUUAGGCGGCAUCACCCUCCAUCGGUGAUGGAGGGGACACUCCAUGCCUUCUACCUUAAAACCACUUCUCAGGUACAUGACCUGCUGUCCAUAUUGCUGGCUGAAGAUGUUGUCCACCUUAGCCCUAGCAGCCUCCCUAGCUCAGGUCCACCAGCGUGGCCUUGAACCUACCGUGAACUGUCUUGCUUCCCUGGCGUUUACCUGAAAGCUUGUUGUCUGGUUUUACAAGGGACAGAGUCAGAGCCACUCAUGGUAUUAGUGACUCUCCAAAGUGCCUUCCAAGCUUCCCCUGAAUCCACAUCCCUCAAUGCGGGUCAAUCCACUCCAUCUUUCAUCCAGAGCUGUUUGGGGACCUUCUAGGCUCUGUCACUUGGGGGCAGAGAGCUGCCCCACGGUUAGCACGGUUAGCACGCCAGCUCUGAGGCUGCCCGCCCAGGUCCCCAUCUGUCUGCCCGGUGGUGUUUUAAGCAAGAGCUUUACACAUCGUACAUCCUGUGUAUAGGGGAAGUGGAGAAACCAGCCCACAGAGGGAGUGCACUCGUUGCUGGUUUUCUGAUGGCAGGAGUUGGGUUCUCCAUCUGAGGACUCUCAUAUAGCCCCAGGGUAAUCCCCAUCACCAGUGGCCCAGGACACUUAGGGGCUGUGGAGGAGGAAGGCCCCAGUGGGCACCAGUGAUUUUGUACCUCGUGGAGAUGCUUGCUCUCCAGUGAACUGGGGAAGGACUGUGGGUUGAUGUCUCCACAAACUUGGGACUUAACCUUAGGAUCCCCAGUUCUCUAGGUCCUUCCCCCCACUGACCAUACUUCCUUAAGCACUAUUUGCUCCCAUGAUCCAGGUGACACUGAAGCCCAGGCGGUCUGUGUUACAUAUCCCUGUUUCCUACCGGGUGGAAUCUACUCCUUGAGUCCCGCAGCCACAAUGACGGCUGCAGCCUUACCACACUCAGUGUCGUCCCAGUGCCUGCUCCAGGUUCCAGCACUUCUAGCCCUGCCGCAGCUGUCCUUAGGCAUCUGGGUGAAGCUAUCUUUGUACAAACUAGGUGAAAGGGAGUGAAUAAAUCAUGUUAGCAAAGUGAGGGCAUCCGAACAUAUGGAGGGGAGAGUCAAAAUUUUUAUAUUGCUUUAUCAUUAAAUAGUCAAAAAAGCUAAAAUUAAAA